UCUAAUGCUGGGCCCACACUACAGGCAAACUCGGUUUGGCAAAAUUUCUGGCAAACUUGCGGCAAAAUAAGGAACUAAUCGAAGCUCGUUAACCAUGGAAAAUGUGCUCAGUAGGACGGAGUCAGUCCAAGCAAACAACAUGGACCUUCUAGAAUUGCCGUGGGGUUGAUUGCUACUUUUGGUUAUUUCUUCUAUAAAAAAAAAGCAAGUAGAAGAAAAUAAGUGGAGAAAACAAAGAAGAUGACAGAUGUCGAAAAUUCAUGAGAAUCAUACAAGCGUUCCCCUACUGUUGAGUGUGAACAUGAAGGACAGGCUGAAAAGCCUUUUUUACAAUAUUUUAAAUACGGGAAAGUAUGAUUUGUGUCCUCCUUCUGAGUACCAGAGUGCUGAACCGAAAGAAUCUAUUCUUAUUCCCAUUCGCAAAAAGGACCAGAGGACAGAUUGUAAUAACUAUCGAGGAAUUUCACUCCUUCCGGAUGAAUUAACCAGGGAGUUCAGACGGUUACACAACGCCGAAUUGCGUGAAUUGUAUCCGGGUAAUAUAAUUGAGUGGCGCUGGCAAACUCGGGCAAAUUCCCAUAAAACUGAGGCAAAAUGCGGGAAUUUGCCUCGAUUUGCCUGUAGUGUGGGCCCAGGGUAA